CUGGAAAACUCAGGCUCAGAAGAACCUGCCAAUGCCACCCAGGGUUGCUGAAGCUCUACACAAACACUCUUUGCUGAUGCUGUGCCCCCUUCUCUCUUAUCAGCUGACCCUGCAGUGCAGACAGAUGGCAGCCCUCUCUGUUGCCAUUUCCACUUCAGCCCCAAGGUGAUGUUCACAAAGGUACUGAAGGCCCAGCUGUGGGUGUACCUUCGGCCGGUACCCCGCCCAGCCACGGUCUACCUGCAGAUCUUGCGACUGAAACCCCUAACUGGGGAAGGGACCACUGGGGGAGGGGGUGGAGGCCGGCGUCACAUCCGUAUCCGUUCACUCAAGAUUGAGCUACACUCACGCUCCGGCCAUUGGCAGAGCAUCGACUUCAAGCAAGUGCUACACAGCUGGUUCCGCCAGCCACAGAGCAACUGGGGCAUCGAGAUCAACGCCUUUGAUCCCAGUGGCACAGACCUGGCGGUCACCUCCCUGGGGCCAGGAGCUGAGGGGCUGCAUCCUUUCAUGGAGCUUCGAGUCCUAGAGAACACAAAACGGUCCCGGCGGAACCUGGGCCUGGAUUGUGAUGAGCACUCAAGCGAGUCCCGAUGCUGCCGAUAUCCUCUCACAGUGGACUUUGAGGCUUUUGGUUGGGACUGGAUCAUCGCACCUAAGCGCUACAAAGCCAACUACUGCUCUGGCCAGUGCGAGUACAUGUUCAUGCAAAAGUAUCCACACACCCACUUGGUGCAACAAGCCAAUCCAAGAGGCUCUGCUGGGCCCUGCUGCACCCCAACCAAGAUGUCCCCAAUCAACAUGCUCUACUUCAAUGACAAGCAGCAGAUUAUCUACGGCAAGAUCCCUGGCAUGGUGGUGGAUCGCUGUGGCUGCUCCUAAGGUGGGGGACAGUGGAUGGCCUCCCCCAUAGACCCUUCCCCAAGACCCAGCCCUGGCCCUAAUUCCCCCAAGCCCUACAGCUCCCUCCGCCUCUUCCCAUGAACACCACACCUUGUUCCCUGACCAUGCAGUGUGCAAUACAACAGAGGGAGGCAAGUGGGGGAUUGAGGGGUGAGGGGUUGGGGCAAAGGGAAAAGAAGGGGCAUGGUCAGGGUAAGGCAGUGUCGGAGGUUUGUGGAUGAGAAGGUUUGGCAAGAAGACAGAGAUGUAGAGACAGAGGUAGAGAUGGAGGAGUAGAGACAGGAGCAAACUGAGCAGCAUGGAGAAGGCAAAGGGACAGAGAGGCAGACAAGACAGGAGACUAGGCAGAGACAAAUGCUGAGAAAGAGACUGACAUGGAGUAAUAAAUGAAAGCCCCACACCAAGCCUCCUUUUUUCUACUGGCAAGGUGAGAGGCUUGGUGUAGUUUGGGGAGUUCCCCUGAUUACUCAGUAGGAAGAAAUCAAAAAUCCAUUCUUAGAUUCUUCCCUCUCCCUCCAAAAGUUGCCAGGGGA